CCAGGCGCGCGCCCAGCACGCGGCCUCAGCCCGCGUCGCGGAUGCUGGUGAGAGACCCCUGACCCCCGGCCCUGUCGCACCGGGAGCGCUGUACCAGGCCCGCAGCAGAGGUGCGGGACCUUUUCCGGAUCCGUGCAGCGCGCUGGGAACUGAAAGCCAUUUUCUUCUCGUGAAAGAAUUUUUAUCAGAAUUACUGGAGAAAGAAAUGGCUGACGAUCUUUCAUCAGGUUUCUUCUUAGAAGAACUUAAUAAAUACCGUCAGAAGAACAAUGUAGAAAUUGAGUAUCGUGAACUGUCUAAGAGAGGACCUCCACAUGACUUAAGGUUUACCUUUCAAGUUGUAAUAGGUGAGAGAGAAUUUCCAGAAGCUGAAGGUAAAUCAAAGAAGGGAGCAAAAAAUGCUGCAGCCAAAUUAGCUGUCGAAAUACUUAAUGAAGAAAAAGAGGAAGUUAGUUCUUUAUCACUGUCGACAACAGAUACUUCAGAUUUAUCCAUUGGGAAUUACAUUGGCCUUGUUAAUAGGAUUGCCCAGAAGGCAAAACUACCUGUAAAUUAUCAGUUGGGAUUAGGUGCAGGUGAACCCGGAAGAUUUUAUUAUACAUGCAUAAUUGGACAGAAAAAAUACAACGUUGCUGUGGGUUCUACUAAGCAGAAGGCAAAACAACUGGCUGCUAAACUCGCAUAUGAACAGAUACUAUCAGCAAAAACCUCAGUGGAUGACUUAGCUUCUCUUGGUUCUCCCUCUGCUGCGUCCAGUGACUAUGGAAGUAACUCUUCAAUGACAAACAUGUGUGAUUCUGAGUCACCAUGUGAAAAUGGCUUUUUAGCAAAUGGCUCAGAAAGAAAUGAUAACAGCGACAGUUUUAGCAAUUUGUCUUCACCUUCUGUGAGCAGUGUUAGAAGAAGUCUUGGGAAGACGAAAAUUUUUAGAAAUUUGGCACCUAAUUUUAACUUGGUUGGAGCAGCAAGAAAUGAGUACACUAUGGACCACAGGUUUCUCGAGAAUUUUCUAGAGAUAACAUCAAUUGGCUCAGGUGGAUAUGGCCAAGUGUUCAAAGCAAAACACAGAAUUGAUGGGGUGACUUAUGUUAUUAAACGUGUUAAAUAUGAUAACGAGAAGGUAGUGCGUGAAGUAAAAGCUUUGGCAGCGCUUUCUCAUCCAAAUAUUGUUCGCUACUAUAAUUGUUGGGAUGGAAUUGAUUAUGCUUCUGAGGACAGCGAUAAUGGAAGAUUCGAAUCAUGCACUAAGUGCCUUUUCAUCCAAAUGGAAUUCUGUGAGGAAGGGACAUUGGAACAAUGGAUUAACAAGAGAAGAGACCAGAAAACGGACAAACAUUUGUCUUUGGAAUUAUUUGAGCAAAUAGCAAAAGGAGUGAAUUUUAUACAUUCAAAAGGGUUAAUUCAUAGAGAUCUUAAGCCAAGUAACAUAUUUUUAGUAGAUACAAAAAAAAUAAAGAUUGGAGACUUUGGACUUGUAACAUUCCUGAAAAAUGAUGAAAAACGGACGAAUAACAGGGGAACUCCACGAUACAUGAGCCCAGAACAGCUUUCUUCAACAGAAUAUGGAAAUGAAGUGGACAUCUAUCCUUUAGGGCUAAUUCUUGCAGAGCUUCUUUACAUAUCCCGCACUCUUUUGGAAACAUGUAAGAUUUUUGAAGAUCUAAAGAAAGGCAAGGUCUUAGAUGUAUUUGAUGACAAAGAAAAAAUUCUUCUACAGAAAUUACUUUCAAAAGACCCCAAGAAACGACCUAACACAUGUGAAAUACUGACUACUUUGGAAGAGUGGAAGAAUGUUGCAGAGAAAAAGAAACGAAACACAUGUUAGAGCCUUUCUAAAAAAGUAUCCUGCUUCUAAUGUUUGAUUUUCCUGUAACUCUCUGAAAUCUGCUAGGGGCUAUCAAUGGUAUUUACCCGCUAUUUUCAUUUUCCCUUUGAUUGAUUCAUUAAUUAACAUAAAAAAAUGAGGAUUUCCACCCACCAUCUUCAUAAAGAGAUAAGGUGGGAAAAAGUCAAAUGUAAAAUGUUUUUGAAGUUAAAAAAUGCAAACCAUUUUGCAAAUGCAGUAAAAUACUAAGGGAAAAAUAGCUAACAAGCCAGUUGGAGAAAAUGGUAAUCAUAAAAAGAUAAAUAUAUACAAUCAUUUUGGAAAACAAUUUGGUAUUAUCUAGUUAAAUUAAAUGUAUACAUACUGUAAAAGCCAUCAAUUGUAUCCCUACAUACGUGCCUAUAAGAAUGUUCAUAAACAUCCUGUUUAUAAAAGUCAAAGGAACAGAAAACAAUUAUUACAUUAUUACAAGAAGAACAGAUAUAUACAUUGUAUUAUAUUCACACAGGAAUACAAUAUAGCAGUGAAAAAACAAAUUACAGCUAAAUGCAGUAACACCAUAUUUCCCUCAGGAACUUAAUGUUAAGCAACAAAACAGGUUACAGGAAAUAUAUACAGAAUGAUUCCAUUCACAUGAAGUUCAAAAUGCUAAUGAAAACAUUUUGUUUCGAAAGCCAAACGUUGUAAAACAGUAAAGGGUAGGAAAAGUAUGAGAAAUAUUAAAUUCUGCUAGUGGUUAACUCUGAGUAGAAACAGGAGUGAGGAAUUAGAUUUCGAAGGCAGUUAACUUUUUUUUUUCCUUAAACUGGAUAUUGAGUCCACUAGUGUUUACUCUCCAGUUAUUCUUUUUAUUUUAAAUACAUUUUGAAUCGAUUAUAACAAACACCUUAAAGAGAUCAUAAGGGUGCCAGAAGGCAGUAGUUAAACGUAAGAAAAUAUUCAGUCUGGAGGGGCAAGAUCACUUUGUAAUGAGGUAUCUCAUGGCACAGGGCUUAGAAGUGACACUCCAGCGACGGAUUUAGAUGAGUAGAGAGGAGACCAAAUGCACAGUUUGGGUAAGGGGCAUGGCAUAUUUGAUGACAUAGAAUAAUUAUUUAUUUUUUUAUGUGUGAUAAUGAUAUUAUGGUCAGGCAGGAAAAUGUUUUAUUCCUAGGCCAUGCAUACAGAAAUAUCUAGGGUUGAAGUGGCAUAUUUGCAACUUUCAGAUGUUCAGCAAAAAUCAAUGUGUAUGUGAAGAGAGAAAAAGCAAAUGUUGCGAAAUGUUAACAAUUGAUAAAUCUAGCUGGAGGGUACAGAAGUAUUUCUUAUAAUAUUCUUUGAACUUUUCUGUAGGUUUGAAGUUUUUCUGGGAGGAGAGAAAUCUUUUUUAAAAAUACAAUAUUAUCUGGAUUUAAUAGCAGUUGAUUUAAGUCAUUUAGACAGUUAAUGAAUAAGGCUGUACUCAAAAGAAGGUAGCCUUAUUUUUACUUUCUCUCAUUUUAAUAUUUAUACUAUUAUGGGGGAGUAUUUCAGAUCUUGUUCCUUGUCAUAUGUCAGUUUGGCCAAAUAAAAUCUUAAAAAUUUGAAAAAAAUACUUAUACUAUCAUGAAAUAAACAUGGCAUCUUUUGGAAGCUUUUAAUUA